AUACAGGGGCGACUGCAGAAGUUCUUUAUAAAAAAAUUAUGGAUUUAUUUGAGUCUAACAAUAUACCUCUCCAAAAUAUUAUAGGAUUUGGUUCUGAUGGUUGUAACACUAUGUUUGGUGCCAAUAACUCAGUAGUAAGUAGGUUAAAACUAAAUCUUCCUGGCAUUAUAGUUCAAAAAUGCAUCUGCCACUCUUUACAUCUUUGUGCCAGUGAGGCUUGUAAAGUUUUGCCCCGUCAUUGUGAAGAUUUAGCCAGGAAUAUUUUUGGUUACUUUAAAAAUAGCUCCAAAUGGCAAGCACAAUUUACAGAAUUUCAGACAUUUUGUACAAAAUUUGUAAAAUUAAAUGAAUACUUUUAAAGUGAGC